CUCUCCAUCUUUUCCGCAAUUCUUCGACAAUCCUAUCUCACAAUGGUUGCCGAAACUAGCAGUGCUACCACUGCAAAACUCCAGAGAGUCGAUUCCCAGCCUGAGAACCCAUAUGCGGCCCUGAUCGAGGAACAGUCCAUUGCGAUCAUUCCCUCGUUCACCCUCGAGUCCGGUGUCACAUUGUACAAUGUACCAGUUGCCUAUACUACCCGUGGUGUUCUAUCGCCGAAUGGCGACAAUGUCUUGGUAAUCUGCCACGCCCUGAGUGGGAGUGCCGAUGUCGCCGAUUGGUGGGGCCCCCUCCUCGGAGGACCGGGUCAGGCCUUUGACGUCUCCCGGUUCUUCGUCGUCUGCUUAAACAGCCUGGGUAGCCCGUACGGUAGUGCGAGCGCGGUCACCUACAAGGAUGGCAAGCCUGAGAAUGGCUACUAUGGACCUGAAUUCCCGCUCACUACCGUGCGGGAUGACGUGAACAUCCACAAGCUCGUCCUGGACGACCUGGGUGUCAAGCAGAUUGCUGCUGUCGUUGGUGGGUCCAUGGGUGGUAUGCUGACCCUGGAGUACUCGUUCUUUGGCAAGGAUUAUGUCCGUGCCAUUGUUCCCAUUGCGACCUCUGCUCGCCACUCCGCGUGGUGCAUCAGCUGGGGCGAGGCCCAGAGACAGAGCAUCUACAGUGAUCCCAAAUAUGACGACGGAUAUUACCCGUUCGAUGAUCCGCCAGCAACCGGUCUUGGAGCAGCCCGGAUGUCGGCAUUGCUCACCUACCGCAGCCGCAACUCAUUCGAGUCACGAUUCGGACGCAACGUGCCGGACCCUUCCAAGCGCCAAAACAUCAACGGCACUGAGAAGCUGCCCACUCCUCCCAAUGAGCACUGGGCUAUUCAUAAUGAUGGACACCGUGGCGGUCCGACCUCGCGGUCGGAGAGCCGUCAACAGUCUCCCGUCCCUCAAACGGAUGUCCAGUACAUGGAUCCCCAGUUCUCCGGCACCAAGAUUCUCUCUGCGCCGACUCCAACCAAACCCGACGGCCGCCCACGUCCACCAACCUACUUUUCUGCCCAGUCAUAUCUUCGUUACCAGGGCGACAAGUUUGUCAAGCGCUUUGAUGCCAACUGCUACAUUGCUAUGACCCGCAAGCUGGACACCCACGACGUUUCUCGUCACCGUGCCAGCCCGGAUGCGGAGAACCCUGUUCUGGAUGCCCUUUCCAAGAUUCAGCAGCCAGCUCUCGUCCUGGGUAUCGAGUCCGAUGGCCUGUUCACCUUUGCCGAGCAGCAGGAAAUUGCCGCUGGCAUUCCCGACUCGCGGUUGGAGCGCAUCGAUAGCCCUGAGGGCCAUGAUGCCUUCCUCCUGCAGUUUGAGCAGGUCAACCGCCACAUUGUGGCCUUCUUCCACGAAGUCCUGCCCGAUAUCAUGUCCCAGUCCAACGUCGACGGUGCGGCGGCCGUGGCCAGCGUCACUAAGCUGACGAAGAGCAGCACGUUCGGUGAAGCCGAAGUGGAGGAUAUCACUGCGUGGUAAAUCCUCAUUAUGAAAUCAGAUAACAUUGGCGCAGUCACUUGCAGCCACCCCCAUGCUCCUGUCCCAGACACGCGGACUCCCGCCCGGGAGCCGCCCGUUUCGUGGUCUCCACCACGAACGCUGCGCUCUUCCGAGUGUCAAGUCCCGCGCCUGGGCAGGUACCAUGGCGUUAUCCCGGGGAAGUAGAGGUUGCCGAUCUUUUAUCCGUUUCGCUAGUCAGGGAGAUGAGCAUCCAACUGCCUCUCUCGAAUCUUACCUGGUCCAUUGCAACUGCGUUUUGCAAGGCCUUGUCGAGAAGACUGCCAAAGAAGCAUCCAACUGCUCUCCAUCUGACCCACCCUCUGGGUCGCUUUUCCAAGCGCAAAUUCGCCUGGGGGUUGAUGGGUCUAUUUUGAACAAUCCGAUGACCAGACUGUGCUUUUUGCACUGGUCAUCCGUGCGGCGAGCGCGUCGCUCCUUUUUCAUUAAUACCAAAAAUAUACAAUCAAUAACAUUUGGGACUGCCCCUCAGAUAGUCUCAUAUGCAAUCCGUCUCCCGAGU